AAUCCGGAGCUGGCCUGGAGGGGUUUUGGGGGCUUCCUCCUCUCCAGGUGCGCAUGCGUGAAACUGUGCCAAGGCAGUUAGUGGAUCGGUUGAAGUCCCUGUGAGGCCAAAGGUUCUUUGGUCCCUGGGACUGUCAACUGCCAGCUUCUUCCAGCAGGCAGGACGGUGACUUCGGCGGCUCUUUUCGACUCUGGCACCAGGCCCUGGAUAACAACUGUGCUCACAAGUAUCACCUGGGUCACGGGCAGUUGGGGAAGUGAGUGCGCAGAACUGGAAUCACGCUUGAGGGGGCCCACGCUGAAUGCACAGAUUCAGCUUGCUGGCAGUUGGCGGCUUCCAGCUCUGCUCUUCGCGGACUCUGCCCUGGAAUCCAGUUUCUCAGGAUGCUGAAUUUUGGAUUUAUGUCUGAAGUUUCUGGAACUCUUCUCCUUAGUAUCAUAUAAACUGAUGCAGAGCAUAAUGUGUAUAGUAAAUAAGUGUAUAGUCCAAGCUUGAGAAGUACUGCAAUCCCUUAGCAGGACAAAUCUGAACUAUAGUGGGCAUUUGGUUUAGGAAGAUGGAGCCUCUGAACAAGUUCGUCACUGUCUCAGAACCUCAAAACCUGGCUCUGUGUGAACAGAGUGAGGUCUUAAGAGCAGAUAUGUCUUGGCAGCAGGAGAGCCUCCCUGUUAUAGACUUACAUGACUCUGAAGUGUCUCGCCAGAAGUUCAGACAUUUCCAGUAUUUCGAAGCCUCUGGGCCCCAUGAAGCCCUGAACCAACUCUGGAAGCUCUGUCUUCAAUGGCUGAGACCUGAAAUUCACACAAAGGAACAGAUCUUGGAACUGGUAGUGCUGGAACAGUUCCUGGCAAUCCUCCCUGAAGAACUCAGGACUUGGGUAAAUUUACACCAUCUGAAGGAUAGCAAAGAUGUGGUGACCUUCAUAGAGGAUGUCAUUGAAAUGCUCAAAAACAAGGGUAUACCUUUCAAAGACUCUUCCCCUCAGAAGAGCGACACCAAGGAGGAGAACAGGAAAGCUGACUCACUAAUAGGCAAGCCUCAAGAACCAGUAACAUUCAGAGAUGUGAUUGUGGAAUUCAGUGAGGAAGAGUGGGGACAACUGGACUCUGCUGAAAAGAACCUGUACAGGAAUGUGAUGCUGGAGAAUUACAGGAACCUGAGUUCACUGCAUAAAGUUGAGAUCCCUGACUUGCAGAGUGAGAAAAAAAGAUGGAUAAUGGAAGGAGAAAUCCCAAGAAGGACCAUUGUGGACAUGGACACUAUUUCACAAAACCAAGAUUCAAUUCUAAAGCAAAAUGUUUCUUUAGAAGAAUCAUCUCAUGGGAUAAAUAUGACAGUGACUGCCAAAAAUGUACAUCCUUCCUUAUGCAAAUGGAGAGAUAAGGAUCAGUUUCAUAGGAACCAGGAAAAGCAAGACAAAAAUUUGCCACAAGAAGAUUUUGUUCAUAUGACAGUCUACAGUGAGGAAGGGGACUCUGAAUAUAAUGACAAUAAGAAAAGCUUUAUGUCAGUUAACUCUGUUUGGGAUAUACAACCAGAAACAUCAACAGAAAUGAGGUUCCCAAAUGGCCAUAAGUUUACAACUAAUUUCAAGUUUAAUUCAGAUUCUGUGAAUAAGCCACAUUCAGAAUAUAAUGAAUGUGAAAAUGCCUUGGGCAUUAAUACACAUAUUAUUCAGUCCAACAAAAGGCAUAUUACAGUGAAAUCCUAUGAGUGUUAUCAAUGUGGGAAAGCCUUUAGCCGAAGUUCAUCCCUCAUUAGACAUCAGAUCAUUCACACUGGAGAGAAACCCUAUAGAUGCAAUGAAUGUGGGAGAUUCUUUAACCGACACACAAGCCUUACAAAACAUCAAAAAAUUCAUAUGCGAGCAAAGGCCUCUGAAGAAAAUACAUCUGGAAUAGCCUUCUGUAAGAGUGAAAACAGACUCCAUUCUGGAGAUAAUCUCUAUCAAUGUGUUGACUGUGGAAAAUCGUUCAACCGUAGUUCCUCCCUUAUACGACAUCAAAUGAUUCAUACGGGAGAGAGACCAUUCAUAUGUAAGGACUGCAAGAAAACUUUCAACCACCGUUCAAACCUUCUUAAACAUCAAAAACGUCAUACUCAAGUAAAUACUGGAAAGGAAGAAACAUUGGAUUACUGUCAGUAAGAUCAAGACUCAUUUGUCAUCAUGGAUAUUAGAGAGAAUCUACUGAAUAUAAUAAAUUUACAGAACCAUUUGUCAAAAGUAUUCCUAAAGUAAUGUAACAAAAUACUGGAGAGAAAUUAAGAGUUCUUCUAGACUCUCAAAUGAAGCUGCAAGGGCUUGUACUUUAAAAUACUAUCACCAUACAAAUCUUUGUCUCUCAUUUUGGUAUGUUAUCUUCACCUUUCUCUGGUUCAUAAAUACUAUUGUUUCUUACAUUCACCGGAUUUAUUGAUUAAAUAAUAUUAGAAAGCAUCCAAGAAAUAUGCUUGGAGUUGACAUUUAAUUAACUGUGGUCUUUAUGAGAAGGUCACAAUAAAGCAGAAGUGCAUGACAAAUAUAACAUAGGAGAACACCCGUAAGGACUGAAGUCUCUAAAUUAACGGCCAAGACCAGUGACUGCCAGUUAUUCCCCUUUAUUCUACCCCUAAUAAUAUGUUUAACAUUAGUAUGCUUUGAAUUGAGGGAGUUAACAACUGUGAUGGGAAGUUGAGUUGUUCAUUUGUAUGUAUUUUUGAAAUCUGCAUUUUUAAAAAAUAUUUUUUGAGAUCCACGCUAUAGAGAAAUCUAUAGCCUGAGGUGAACUUUGUAUUUAUUCCAGAUUUCAUGAGGUCAAUAAAGUAUCCUCAUACUCUGUGUACCAAAACUGUGUCUGCUGCAAGC